GACGUUUGUGUUUACUUUUUUCGGAGGAAAGUGUAUUGCUUGCUUAAUUUACGCAAUUUUUGCGCUUUUUUUUACUGCAGAUAAGCGCAACAACGCAUUGUUUAGACAGUCUUGUGAUUGUCAAGUGGUUACCAUGGAUAAACUGCUGAGAAACUGCUUAGAUACAUUGUAUCUGCCGUCAUUUCUCAAUAAAUCCGGUAUAUAUUACGCAAGAGGGUGUUACUGCUCAAAGACACACUGCGUCUGUCAACAUCCGGAGGAGAGACAGUCUGGAGUAAGUGAUUUCGUGAAGCUCCAUGUCCAGCAAGAGUGUAGUGCCUUGAAGAGCAGCACAAUUAAGGAUUGUAGUGAGAAGAGCUUCACAGAUCAGAGACAGAUAUACGAAGACAUCCGGGAAAGGCGAUCCAAAAGGAGUUUGAGUAAAGACUCUCGCUCUCAAUUUGUUCAAUCUGAGGACAGCAGUGGGAGAAAUUGGGGAGAUAAUGCCAUUCUGGACAGUGAACUAGACUUCGAUACACUUUACGAGCUGUGCGAAUUCCGAGAGAGAAAUUCCGCAGAGUGCAUGAGUGCGUCAAAUCGCUUGCGGUAUCGCAGGAGGAAUCGGAAUAAAUUUGGUGGCGUAGGUCAUAAAUGUCUCCACAAGUACCAGAUGAAUGAGAAACUGCAGCCCGUGCCACGAUUAGCGAGUAGCCGUGGAGAGAGUUUGUGCGAAAUUUGCGGAGGCAUUUCGCAGUACCUGAGAGAGCACACGGUGAACGAAAUCAUUGCAAGAGAUCCUCAUCUGGGUGGCAAAGACGCACCCAUAGUGGUCGUGGAGGUGCCCAGAAAGGUCUGAAAUCUCUGAACGGCUUGAACUUCCCGCGGGAGCCUUGACUUGAGGUUGACCACACAGCACUGAGCAUUUUCCGGUGGAAUUUCACACAUCUCAGCGACACUGAUGAUCUGUUGAGGCGAGAAGAAAACAGCCAUCCAAUGUGCUAAGGUUGAAAAUGUACUGGGAGGAAUGAAUGAAUUGCGUGUAUUGUUGAUCAGCGACGUACUCCAUAUAAAUACCGCGGUUGGCCUUUGUGGGAGAAACAGUCUGCAACUGACCACGGAGGAGUCACCAGAGUUGAGAGUCGUCCAAGUAGUGGAAAAGGCCACAGGUGUGAAAUUUUUGUGAAGCCAAUCAACCAGUGCUCGUGUUGAGAGUAAAAGUGAUAGUUUUUUUUGUUCGUCUCUAGCGUGACCACGAAUAAAAGACACUGAGCGCGGAGAUAAUUGCAAUUGAGUCAUAAAUAUAUUUGGUGUGUUUUGUCGAAAAAGCGGAGAUUUCACCGUCAAAAAGAGGCACAUAAGGAAGGAAAGAUGCAUAAAUCAAACAGUUUAAUUUUGUUAACAGUAAUUGGAUUAACACUGGGCAAAGAAUUGCCGGACGGAUUCAAGCGGUGCCGAAGGAACGACCCGAAAUUGGGACAGUGUCUCCUGCAGGCCGUCACAGAUGUUCUGCCACAGAUGAAAAAUGGCUUGCCGGACUUUGGAAUCCCCUCGAUUGACCCGUUGGCCAUCAAUGCGUUGACCAUUCAACAGGGCAAGAAUUCACCGAUCAAUCUGAAGCAGGACUUCAAGAACAUCCAACUAUCGGGCAUUUCGGAGACGCGACUGACCAAGUACAAUCCGGAUCUCAACAAUUACAUCCUCAGGUGCGAUGGCUUGACGCCUCGAGUGGACUUUGUGGGUGAUUACACGAUGGACGGGCGCAUUCUGUUGCUGCCAAUUACCGGCAAGGGCAAGGCAAAUAUCACCAUGGUGGGCCUGAAGACUGUGCAUGAACUCAUCGGCGAGCCCAUCAAGAAGAAAGGCGAGGUGUACAUACGGUUCAAGGAGUACAACAUCAAAUUGCUGCCGAAACGGGUUUACCUCAACUUUGAGAAUCUCUUCAACGGCGACAAAGUGCUGGGCGAAAAUAUGAACAGAUUCAUGAAUGAGAACUGGGAGUUGAUCUUCAACGAGCUGAAGGGUGGCUAUGAAGACACUUUCAGCUAUGUGUUCAAAGAUGUGACCAACAAAAUUUUCACCAAAGUACCAAUGAACAAGAUAUUCCUCCUCGACGAGUGACCACUGGCAGCACGACUUUGUUUUUUAGUUGUAAUAAAAGACAAAUAAUUUGGUAUAGAGUUAAAUAUUUUAAGACACUCGCUGUACAUAAUUUGUGCUGUAGUUUGGAAAUAAAGUCUCUAUGAGUGAACUAUCCAAUGUGAGACUGGA